GCCAAGCUGCAGGCCCUGGAGGCGACGUGCAAGUCGCUGGAGGAGAAGCUGGACUUGGUCACCAAUAAGCAGCACAGCCCCAUCCAGGUCCCCAUGGUGGCAGGCUCCCCACUCGGCGCGACACAGACCUGCAACAAAGUGCGAUGCGUCGUGCCCCAGACUACUGUCAUACUCAACAAUGACCGGCAGAACGCCAUUGUAGCCAAGAUGGAAGACCCCUUGUGCGGCAGGGCUGCGGAGUCCCUGGAAAGUGUCGUCAGCAACACAGUGCCCGGGCGGCGGCAGAACACCAUCGUGGUGAAGGUGCCGGGCCAGGAGGACAGUCACAAUGAGGACGGGGAGAGUGGCUCCGAGGCCAGCGACUGCGUCUCCAACUGCGGGCAGGCCGGCAGCCAGAGCAUCGGGAACAACGUCACCCUCAUCACCCUCAACUCGGAAGAGGAUUACCCCAACGGCACGUGGCUGGGCGACGAGAACAACCCCGAGAUGCGGGUGCGCUGUGCCAUCGUCCCCUCCGACAUGCUGCACAUCAGCACCAACUGCCGCACGGCCGAGAAGAUGGCGCUAACACUGCUUGACUACCUGUUCCACCGCGAGGUGCAGGCCGUGUCCAACCUGUCCGGCCAGGGCAAACACGGCAAGAAGCAGCUGGACCCCCUCACCAUCUAUGGCAUCCGCUGUCACCUCUUCUAUAAAUUCGGCAUCACCGAGUCCGACUGGUACCGGAUCAAGCAGAGCAUCGACUCCAAGUGCCGCACGGCCUGGCGGCGGAAGCAGCGGGGCCAGAGCCUGGCUGUCAAGAGCUUCUCGCGGCGGACCCCACCCUCUCAGAGACAA